GAGAACAAAGAGAGACAAGAGAGAGAAGAAAAAGGGAGGGAGGGAUCAAGAUUUGGGGUGUUCUUACAUCCAAAAAACGUUUCUUGAUUCUCUCCUCUUCGAAACCUUUCCAUCUUCAUUCAAUUUGACCCUUUUUAAUUUGUUCUUGAAAAGAUCUUUCCUUUGUCAAUCAACAUGCUUCCCGCAGGGGCAGCAUUGAGGAUCUCCAUCGAGGAAAAGUUCGGAACUCUCUCCUAUUUAUUCAUCUACGCCAUCCUCGAAUGGCUGGUGAUCGUCUUGCUCUUUUUCGACGGCCUCCUCGCCUUCCUCUGCAACGAAAUCACCCAAUGGUUCGAGCUCAAAACUCCAUGCUUGCUCUGCACCAGGCUUGAUCAUCUCCUUGUGCAGAGGAGCUCCAGUUUCUACUACAAUGAAUCCUUUUGUGAGGAUCACAAGAUGAAUAUCUCCGCCCUCGCCUACUGCCACGUGCACAAGCGCCUUUCUGACAUCCGCAGCAUGUGCCAGGGAUGCCUUCUCUCAUCCGAGAAGGAAUCUGGCUGCGAUAGGCGCAGGCCCCUUGUUGUGGAUGAGGGGAAUGUGCAGCUGAGACAGUUGAGGAAAUAUGAGAAGGAUAUUGUGGCUAAUGAGAGGAUUGCGAUUUUGAGGUGCUCUUGCUGUGGGGACCCUAUAAAGUUGAAGUCCUCAUUGAGAUACAAGUCGUGUUUGUCCGUGGCUGCCCCUUCGUCCCCUCGUGCAGCUUGGUUCUCAGGCGGGAAUGGUGAUGGUGGCAGCGUUGAUGCGUACACAGAGCUUAAAUUGAUAGCAGAUUCAAGAUCAGAGCUCCAUGGAAAUGAAUAUGGUAGAGAGGGCAUAAAUACUAUGUUUGGUGAUGAACCAAAAACUCCACAUUUCGCAGAUAGAAACAGAUUCUUUGGAGUCGCAUUAUCAGAUGGUGCAGCCCCAGCGACUCCUAGGACUCCUAGGACUCCUAGGAGAAUAGAGUUUGCCAUGGAACCGAUCAAAGAGGGCGAGACCGAGGCCGAGCUUUUGGCCCGUCUCAAGAGACAGGUGACUCUCGACCGGAGGUCCAUGAUGGCCCUGUACAUGGAGUUGGACGAGGAGAGAAGUGCCUCCGCUGUGGCAGCCAACAACGCGAUGGCAAUGAUCACACGCCUGCAGGAGGAGAAGGCAGCGGUGCAGAUGGAGGCGUUGCAGUACAAGAGGAUGAUGGAGGGGCAGGCGGAGUACGACCAGGAGGCGAUGCAGAGGAUGAAGGACAUGUUGAUGAAGAGGGAGGAGGAGAUUAAGGUCAUGGUGGGGUACGAGCUCGAGGAGCAAGUGGAGAGGUACAGUGUGGUUGAGGCCGAAGGGAGUGGCGAUCUGUCUGAGGUGCUUCUUGAUGAGGAUCGUCAAGACAUUGUGAACUCGUGUGGCAAAAUGAGCAAUGAUCCGCGUAUGGUGUGUCUUGAUGAGGAUCAUCAAGACGACAUUGUGAACUCGCGCGACGAAGGGAAAGAUGAUGCGCCUGAGGUGGGUCAUCAAGACGACAUUGUGAACUCGCGGGACGAACAUGAGGAUCAUCAUGACGACAUUGUGAACUCGGUGAGCGAAGACAAUGGUGAGGCAAGUCAUGUUGAGAGUCAUCAAGACAUCGUGGAGCCGCAGGGCAAAAGGAGUGAUGUUCCAUGUAAGGUGGAUCGUAUGAACUCGCAAGUCAUGUCACCGCGGGCCGAGGAUGAACGUAAGAUCCAAGACGAGCUAGCUGCAUUGAACUACGAGGGGGAGAUGUGUCGUAUCCUUUGUCAGCUGGCGGAGUUGGAGGAGAAGAUGUACUCCGCGGAUGAUUCCGAGCUGGACGUCCUUGCGAGAGAAGUAAGAUUGGUGAAGGGAAGGCUAAGAGCAGUGGAAGCAGAGAGUAUAUUGUUGAAGAAUGUUGCCAUGAGUGUGCAGAAAAGGGGAGUUUUGAGUGAGAUAGCUCAACAUCUAAGACAACUUAGGCAAUAAACAUGCAUGAUGCGUGUUAGGUUUAUGUAGAUUCUUUCAAGUGAGAUGAAGAAUCACAUGAAGUAGAAAUUGGGUUAGAAAGUUUUAGAGUGUGUGAUGGAUACUAUAAUGUUGUAUGAUUUUGUAUUUCAUCUUUGAACUCAUGAGACAAUGUGAAGUUUGUCUCUUUCUUGGUUUUUCAAUCCAAGGAAUGGUUUGUUGCCUUUUUACAA